AUGAAGACCGAGAAUAUUCCACUGGGUGAUGACCCUUCGGCUAAGCCGAGCUCCGCAGGGCUGAAAAGGAAGCGCAGGCCGAGGGCGCCGAUCGCUUGUGGUACAUGUCGAGCUCGCAAGUUGAAGUGCGAUGGCAAUUCGCCAUGCUCCAACUGUGUCCGACACGAGUUCUCGUGCUCGUAUGGAGAGGCACAAAACGAGACACCGAGACAGGGGACCCCCUCUUAUGGGUCACUUGUAAGAAUCCAGCAGCCUUUGCAGCCUCAUCCCAUGCCUCAGCAGUUCCAGCCUGUGUGCCAACCGCAGUCCAUGCCUCAACCGCGGGUAUUUCUCCCUGAGUGUCUUCAUCCGUCGCCGGCCAGCUCAGACGAUCCCAUCAAGCAUGAGCCUUCAACUUAUUUGAGCCUGCAAGAGCAUGGACAUCGCGAGAGAGGCUCGACCCCUUCCUCAGAACAGGAAGUGGACGGGCUCGGCCAGGUAAACGAGCACACCGAGGGUGCCGAGUUCUACGGCCCGACGGGAACCUUUUACUUCCUGGCCCGGCUGCGCUCCCGGGCCAACACGCAGAAGCAGCCGGAAGUCGGCGUCAAAAGGAGCCAGAGCUCCAUCGUGAACCUGCUGCACAGCUCAGACUACUCGACGCCCCCGGACUCGCGGGUCCUCGGCCAGAGCCCGUACGGCAAGGGAAGCCCGCAGAGCACUGUAGCGAGGAGGGAGUCGCUCCAGCAGGGCGUCUUUGGCGGCGCCGAAGCGCUCCUGAGUGCCGCGGACGCGUCGCUGGCCACGGACAUGGAGCGCGAGUGCGCUCGGCUCUACUUCCAGAACCUCCACAACAUCCACCCGAUCCUGGAGCAGACGGCGUUCCUCCAGCGGUGCGAGGACGAGAUCUGGUCGAGGCCGUUGAGGCCGGACAUUCUGAUGUGCUCCCAGAUGCGCCGAGAGGCCAGGUUCCUCGCCCUCUACAACGUGGUCGUUGCCAUUGGGGCCAUCACAGCCGGCGAGGCGUCGCUGCUCAUGGAGGACCACACCCGGGAGUUCCUGGACCGGACAAGACAGCAGCCGGGCGAGGACGACUCGUUGUACCCGCCCAUCCGCCUGGCCAGGAGGUUCUUUGAGAGAUCGAGGCUCCAUCUGGAAGACAUUUGCGAGUCGAGUUCCCUUGAGACUGCUCAGACUUUGUUCCUCAUGUCCGUCUUUGGCCAGAAUGCACUGAAACCACAUAGCUGUUACAUGUAUAGCGGCAUGGCCAUCAGAACAGCCUCUGCCAUGGGAAUCCCAAACAACAUUCGCUCAGAAACAAGCCCGGAGAGCCUGCUGUGGUGGACCCAGCACUUCCCCAACUCUGCCUGCUGUCUCAUUAACCCCAUGGUCGACCUGGCCAAGAUUCUGAUGUGGAUGACGGACAACCUGAGCGUGCACAGCAACCACAUGUCGCUGCAGCGCCUCUCGCAGACGGCGCUGAGCCUGGACCGGGACCUCGACGAUUGGCGGUCCGGCCUCCCGCGACAGCUACGGUUCGACAUGUCGUCGUUGGAAGACAGCGAGUUUGCCAUGAAGCAGAAGACCGUCCUCAAACUACGGUUUUUGAACGCGAGAAUCCUGCUCCACCGGCAGUUCAUAAUCGCAAAGUCUCUAGAAGCAGACCGAAACACGAUAUCGCGGCACGUCACGUCCUGCGUCAAGGCCGCCACCGAGACCAUCAAAUUCAUGCACACAAGUUACCUCCACAGGCCGUAUUUCAGAACAUGGUGGUACAACUGCAUGUACCUGCUGGACGCCUGCAUGGUGCUCCUCCACGUCCUCAUCUCCAACAUCUGCCCCAUCCCCGCAGACGAGGUGAUGGAGAACAUCGAGCUCAGCCUCGACAUCUUCAAGUCGAUGAAGAUGCUCGCCGUGGCGAGGCGGUGCGCCGACAUCGUCAAGGAGCUGCUGCACGUCGGCGCGAGAACGCACUCGGGGCCGCAGCAGCGAUGCGGCAGUGCGGCGGCGGAGGCCGGGCCCGUGACGAAGGCGCCGGACGGAAGCGAAGGCGACGGCGACGGCGGCGGCGGCGGCGGUCUGGCCGCGUACGCGACGCCCGCCUUCACGUCGUCAGAGGGUGCGGGGUUCCCGGUCGGGGCUGUCGAGUUUGGCGACGCCCUCAUGAUCCCGGGCGACUUGGACGCCAACCUCGUCGACCCGAACGUCGUGUGGAACUUUUUGAACUUUGAGCAUUGGAACGCGUGGUCCGACGCGGGUUUCAAGUAA